AUGGGAAUGGAGUGCGUUCAGACGUCGGCCCUAAAAUACUGGGCCCCACAGAGCUUUGCACAACGUAGAUGGUUGGACGACACCGCCCAGGCCUCCUCACCUCCACUCGACAUCGAGAGUCAUGUGGAGGACGAGUUCACCCCACAUUCAGCACCAUCUACGUGCACAUUGUUGUCGUCGGCGUGCAGACGAGCGGCUUCUUUUCCUUUAGCUAACAUGGCAUUUCUGGGAUGUAAUUUACAGGUAACUUUAUAUUUUGUUUUUAAAAGUAUUUAGGAUGGGAUUUGGUUUGAGGCGUUGAAGUUAGUUUACAUUUUUAUGGCUUUAUGUUGUUUUAGGUAACAUUUUUUGAUUUAUAAAGUACUAUAGGAAAAUAAAAGUUUUAGCUAAAAGUGAAUAUUAGUAACGAUAUAAAAAGCACUGUGCAUUUUUUGAGAGUUGAUUUGUUUUGCAAACAACUUUACAUCAAUCAUGUUUUAGGCACGGUCUCAAAGUGAAUCAGCGGCAUUAAAUCGGGUUAGUGUGAAGAUGCCGAGGACAUUACUCCAAGAGUUUCACUACUUUAACCAAAGACAGCAAGAGGCACAGAAGAUCUGGAAUGGGCCUUCGUUACCUGGUGGCGUUAAAUGUGAGUUUAUGCUUUAAAACUUUUUUAUUCACAUAUUGGCACAAACUUUUUAUAGCAAGUUUUUAACUAGUACUAUUAGAAGAGCUUAAUAGAGUUAGGUAAAUAUAUCAUUUUUUGUAAUUUUUUGAAGAUAUUUUUGAGUCAGUUAGUGUAAAUUGAUUUAUUUGUUGAUAUAGCUGUGGUGACAAUAGAUAUAAUAGCGCGGUAAGGGCAAUACGAUCAUGAAUGAAGUGAUGUAAUUCUAAUUAGUAAUUCACAUGAAAUGACGAUUAGCAUUAAUCAUAGGCAAUUAUUCUACAUCUUUUGUGGAUUAUUUGUUUUAUAUUUUCACAUAGUGUAUGACUAUAACAUUUUAGUUUUAUCUGGAAAGGUCAGGCAUGUAUGGUUGAGCUAGAGUUUAUUAGUAUAAGUAUACUAGACUGUAGCGUAGUUGGAAUACUAGUUUAUGUUUAGAGAAUAAUAUGAUCUUAAUAGUCAUACUCUUAUCGUAUGUCUUGUCGUAUUCACGGGACUUUCAAGUGCAGUCAGAAGUCUCCCAUGCCUGAUGCAAUCUUAUUGAUAUGUCUUUGUGUUCGUCAGAGAUAGCCUAGUUAUAUUGGUUUAAGAUAGCAAAAAACAUCUUGGUUGAGCGACGUUGACCUUUUUGAGCUAAUUUUUCUAGUGUCAUUUUUAAUAUGUUGGCUAAAGUUAAGGAAUCUUACACUUUUAGGUUUCUUUGACGUUUUUACGAAGAUUUUGAUGUUAAGGUUUCUUAUUUGCAAGAGUUAUGUAGGCUUUCGUAUAACAUUUGUAGUAAAUAGGUGUUCAUUUAUUCUAGAAACUUUUGGGAUAUUUUUACUUAUUAUUCCUUAUCAGAAAGAUGUAAGGUGUAGGGCAAAAGAACGCUCCAACUCUGAUUGUCAUUGGGCAUUCUUUAUUCUAGUAAUGUGUAAAGUAACACCGCCAAUAAAUCUGCUAAUGUUUUGGUAAACACGUUGCGCUUCGUCCUUGAAAAGACUAAAUUGGUCUUUUUGAAAGCUGUAGAAGUCAGUAGCUUCUUCACUUUCAACUUGUUUCUUUGCUUUAUCGUAGUACUUGUAAUUUGCUCCAGUACUUUGGUUGUCGUAUGAUCGGAAGCUUAUAACAGUUGUAGAAGAGUCGUGCGAAUUGCUUACAAGUCAAACAGAUUUGGAAUGGUUACAGUAGGGAUGUUGCGGUCUGAAGACAAGUGAAGACAAGGCGGUUCAUUGUGUACACAUUUAGUGCAAACGAGCCUCCAAAGAACAGUAGGAACGUUGAUUACAACAUGUUAUAGAAAGUCUGUGAUCACGAUGUUUCAAGACGCUUUGCACGUGAAAGUUCAUAGGCUGAUUAGGCCGUUCUCUUGAAUAACAAUGACUUCGGAGGGGUGAUUGUUUCGGAAGGAAUCGUUUUGUUUCAAUUUGCUUUUUUUGCUGGGAAUUCUAAUUUAAGAGGCUAAAGGUUGGCCUGAUCUUGGACACUAAAAAGUUUGGAGUUGCAACUGUCACGGACUUUGGGUUAUUUUUGACUUUUUGCGAUUUUUAUUGGAUAGUUUAGACCUUUUAAAUUUUGGACAUAAAGAUGAUAACAUUGUUUUGUCAAAAUAUGGUGAUCUUUUGUUGUAAAAGUAUUUGGAAAGAAAAAAAUCAAAUUUAACCAAAUGUAUGCAUAUUAGGAUGGCCCGAUAUCUAAUCGGCGGUCGCUUGCACUUCGUUUGAACAGUUGCUUUGAUUCAAGGGAAUCCUGUCAUGUGAAUUUCUCUCUUCGCAGCCAGCCAACACCUGUUUAAGCUAAUGUUCUGGAAGUGCAAUAUGUUAAUGAAAGAUGUCGGGAAAUCAAACUGGCUUUAUAAUUUAUAGGCUUUUGGCUGAAAACUGUUACAGUAGUUGGACGUUAUUAGGAAAGAUGUCUAACUUCUGUCAUAUUUAUAAACUUAGGCCAACUGGACACAAGCUCUUUAUUUUUGAUUAUAGCACGAGUUAGUCGUACUUUGACAUAUAUCCAAUGUUUUGUUCUGUCUUCGAAUCGGAAAAACAUGUGGAUAUCUAGUUGGGACAAAGGGGUGAUUACAGCAAAGUUCAUUAAUCUGAUGCAAUCAGCAGACCUCGUUCUUUAGUAAGAAGAGAGUACUGUUAACACUCAAGAACAAAUUAUUGUUAACAUUGAAUGGCGAUUUGUGAUAGAAGCUUAGAUAAAUUGUACUUUUAAUAUUCACUGUUAAUAAGUUGUAGUCUUGCUAAAAUAGUUGUUAAGUCAAAAGGAUUGAUAAGUGUACUUUUAUGAAUGGUAUGAUUAAAUUUGCACGUUUAUGCUGACACAGUGAAAGGGACAUUCCUAAUUUAGUUUCCUUAUCAGAACAUGUGAUUGUUUCGGGAACAAUCUAGGGUCAAAGGUGUUCUUUUGUGUAGGGUUUCUUCCGUACUCUAAUAUUGUUUUUGCUAGUUGAUAAAAACUAUGUUAUGUUACAGAACUGGUCGUUUAUAUGUUACAGAAAGAAGUGUACUGUCAUACAAAGGAUCUUAAUGAUCAGUAAUCAAGCCUUCCUUUGGUUUCUUUGUUUGCCGUCUUUGUUAAACCGUUUUUCGAACGGUUCAAAGUGAUAAGGCUACGCUCUUUCUUGUGUUUAUUGCCUUCUGACUGUUUGAACUUAUUUUUGGCUUUAUUGUUCAAGAAUGUACACUAUCACCAAAAGCACGAUAACAUGUUGUUUUUAAUCCUGUUUACUUCACUGACUAAUUGCAUACUGUGAUUAACAAUGUACGUUUAUCAGUAUGUUAUUGCCGAUUUCCUUGGGUCGUGAAGCGGUGGCGGCCUCUGCACAGCCUUUCACCACUCUUAUCUUAUCAUUUGUUGUUGUCGACUCCCAAUAACUUUCCGACUCGACUCACGUGCGUUUCCACUAAAGAAACAAUUGAUAAUCGGGUGAAAUGGCGAUGCUGAAGGUUGUCGUACAAGAGAGGGCUGGUGGGGUGGUUACGAUGUCGGCACACAUUUUUUUAGAGGAUGCUUAAGGCAAAUGUUGAGGUAGAAAAGGUUUCAGACCAUUUUAUUUUUACUAACUUUCGCUGCUGGUUUUGUGAUUGAUUGGAGCGAUGUUCAGUUUGGUUUCAUUUCAUUCUUUUACCUACAUUUCGAGAUGUUGAUCUUUUAAAUUUUAUUUUUAAAAACUUUUUCUUUUGCUUAUACUAUACCAAAAAGCUCACUUUCUGCCACCCAAUUUGAAUGUCAUGCUGUUUGACAUUAGUCGUGGUUAUGAAUAUCAUGUGCAGCCCUUAGGCGCUCGUGAUUGGCUUCCGCAUCUUUCUGGAACUCCGCCUUCAGCGACUUCCCACCCUUAAUUCGGAAAACUUCUGAACCCACCCAAAGCAAACUCGAUCUGUUUCUCUGCCGCCGAGGGAAGUCCACUCUCUAUCGUCGGAAGGGGCCGAUCGUUCGAUUUGAUAUAGGAACCGAGUGCAAUCAGUUGGGACCACAAUUGUUUUUGGGUUUAUGUGCACUUGCUUCUUUAAAAGUUUUGGGACUUCUGAAAGUUGCGGGGAGGGGACUUGGUUACUGAUUUGCGUAAUAUAAUAUCGUUAUGAGGGUUGUGAUGAUAUUAUGUAUGGGUAUCUUAUACUUGAGGUAGAUCUUUACAUAUUUCUUAUUUUUUAUGUUAAAUAUUAAUUAUUAAAUGACAAUACAAAUUGGGGUUGAAGUGGAUAUUGAUGAAGAAGAUUGUUGUCGGUUAUGAUUCUUUUUGUGUCUACGCUCUCAUUGAUCUUACGAUCUUUUUCUUUGUGUACGGUCGAGAUUCGGUUGGUGUAAUGGCGCGGCGCUUCUAUCGAAUGUUUAUAUAUUUAUAUCGGUUUUGGGUUUAGUGUAAACGGCGUGGCCUAUUGUUGUCUGUUUGUGGCCCAGAAUGCUUGCGUACGAUCAGUAUUACAUGUUCGAGUGCGCCCCUAGUACUAGUUUAGAAACCAGUAAACUUCAGUUUAGACCAGGUAUGGUUUUGGAGUCACGACGGUGUAAUAGGUGCACUUAAGGCAGUAUUGUUAUUAAAAUAUAACUCUAUAAAAUAGAAAAAGUUACUAUUUUUAUCAUUUAUGUCAAAAAUUAUAAUUGCCAUUUUCAGUCUAUGCUCCAGUCCACGAAGAUGGAGGUUCAGAAUCCGACACAGAAGAAGGACGUAUGUCUUCGUCUCCUUCAUCGUCAUCGGACGAAGAUGAUGUACAAACUACACCGACUAGUCAGCAAGUCCCUCUCCUCCUCUUAAACAAUCAACCGGCUCCAGCUAUAUGCUCUGAUGACAUCGUGCGUCAUCUGGAGUUGACACUAGAAAACACAAAGGUUGACGAACAUGGUCAGAGUGAUAAAACAUCCAAAGUUAUAAGUGGUAAGAUUGUUUUUUGUUUUAUAAGGAUGUUUUGGUAUUUAGAUGUUUGUAGUAUUCAAAUUGAAUUUAUACAAUGAAAAUGUCUUAAUUAUAAUUAUAUUAAGCAAGUACAAAUAUAAUGAAACCGUUUUCAGACGAAUGCACAAACUCCUCUACCUCUUCCGAGACUUCACACUUGCUACACGAAGAAACGAGUGCUUCAGCCUCUGACAGUGAAGCCAAGUCUUCCUCCUCCCAAACCACCCCCACCAAUACCCACAGACGCAAACAUCUUCGUGCUCAUCGUCACGCUUCUCGUGCUGUCCGUUUCGCCGACGAAUGUGGCAACGAACUCUACGAACUGAAGGUUCUCACGGAGCCUUCAGAUUACCCUCCAGAGAUUCCACGAGCAGUGAUACAGCGUCAUCGGAAAGCGGCCGGUUUGAGCGAUUUGAGCGACGAAGAAGGAUCCAAGCCUAAGCCCAAAUCUACAUGGAAGGUGAUGUUCAAACAGCCGGCUAGCGAGUAUUUCAAGUUCAAACAGAGUUUGGAAGCCAACCACGUAGCUUUGGAGAAUGUCAUUGUCAAAAACGAAGUGCCUAAAGUCGUUGGAACGAUCAAGGUAAUUUUUUGUAAACUUUUAAAAAAUGAAAACUUUAAUUUUUACUAUUGCAAAAGCCGUUUUAAAACAAAAUUUCGAAUUCAGGUCGAUUGAAAGAACUUUGAAAGCAGUUUGAGACAAAAGCUAAUGUUGGUUUAAGUUCCGCGGUCUAGAAAGGUUAUGAAUUGCUUUUUCCGAUUAGAAAACGUGCAAAACAUGAAACUUUGAAAGUUAUGAAACUCGUUGUGAAAACAUGUGACUAUAUUAUUGUAUCUGCGGUUAUGAUUGAUUUUGUUGUAAGAUCGGUUUAUGAAGGUUGUUUACACAUAUCAUAACUUUUCUUACUGUAACAAUAUCGUCUUUCUCAAUUCGAAAUGAGUAAUUGCUUUCACAACAGAGGUUAGAAAUAGAAUGGCAUAUUUUAAAUAUGAUAUUGAGAAUAAGCAAUUGAUUGUAAAAAUGAGAAAUUAAUAUUAUAUUAUUGUAGGUGGGAAACAUUGCAUUCGAGAAGCGGGUCUUCUUAAGAUGCACGGCAGAUCGCUGGAAAUCGUUCCAAGACUACGAUGCCAAGUUCUUGACUUCGGCUUCCAAAAACUUUGACACAUUCACUUUCGACAUUCCACUCCCCAACAACAUUGGCCAAGCGGUAAGGUUACAACAGUAUAUUAUACUAGAUUGUAACACUGUAAUUUAUGACUUUUGAAAACGGAAGUUGCUUUUGUAAACAAUAAAGUCUUCUAUGACUCUAAAACAAUAUAAAUCCCUAAUCUUUAGUCACUGAUUGUGUGGCGUGAUCCCUAAAACUUUAUUAAAGAGAGAUACGCGACCGAAAAUGAUUUGUAGCGGCGCAAAGACAAUUUGUUAAAUUUAAAAAGUCCCGCUAGCACGUGAAUAUCAGGCACAAAAUUAGUUUAAUUAUUAAACUAAUAAUAUUAUUGUAGUACUUUUUUUUGUUACGUCUGACGUAACAUCUAGUUAUGACUUUUACUCUACAGUAGUCUUUACUAAUGAGUAUUUACAUUUUAAUAAGUCUUAUUUUUCAGAAUUCUCACUACGAAUUCUGCCUGUGCUACUGUGCCGGUAAAGACCAAUAUUGGGAUUCAAACGACGGCAAGAACUUUAUUCUGGACGGAGAAUGCAGUCUGCCCCCAGCUUCUCCCCCUGCCCGCGUACCAUCCCCGAAGCCCCAGACCAAUGCCAAAAUACCGGCCGCCAAGCUUCGGGCCGCCUACAACGACGCUUACCGUAUGGAAUACCGUAAUUGGUCGUCGUUCGCAUCGUGGAAGGAGCUCAGUACCGACGAGCCCUAUUGGUAA